AUGCCAAGACCAGCUUCAGCUCAAUCUGAACAAGAAGACAAUACUGAUUUACUAUUAAUUGAAGAAUAUGAACGAUUAAAUAAUCAAUUAAGAAUAUUACAAAAUGAACGUCAAAAACAAACUGAAGAAUUUACUGUUAAACUAGGAAAAUAUAAAAAAGCUACAGAAAUAUUAGAAAAAGAAAAUGAAGAAAUUAAAUGUUUGUUAACAUUAGUAGAUAGUGAACAAAAUAGAAAACAAGAUAUGAAAUGUAUUGAACAAUUAAAACAAAUUUUAAAAGAGCAAGAUAAUAUACAAUUACAAAUUGAUGAAUUAAAAACUUAUGGAAAACGUUUAGAUAAUGAGACACGUAAAAUAGAAAAUCUUAUCCAAGAAAAACAACAAAUUCGUAUGAUACAAACUAAAAAAGAAACUGAAACCAAUGAAUUAAAAUUACAAAUUGAAAAAAAAUUAGUUACUAUGGAAAACAAUUUACAUGAAAAAAAUAUGAAAUUUUGUGAUACAUUAGCAUAUAAUAAUAAAAUACGCCAUGAAAUAGAAUGUGCUAGAAAUGAACGAAAUAUUUAUUAUGCAAUACAUCAAAAAUUAAAAGAUAAAUUAAUACAUUUGAAUAAAUUAAAAAUUAAAUUAAUUCAACAAGCAAGUCUUACAUAUGAUCAAAGAGCGGAUGCCAAAAAUAAAAGUAAUGCAUUGAAAGAAAAAAAUGAUAAAGAUAAUAUUGGAUUUGAAACUGAAAUGAAAGAUUUACAAAGAAUUAUUGAUCAUAAUGACCAAUUAAGAAGAUUUAUGACAAUUAAAUCAGAUGAACGUUUAGAUUGGAAACAGAAAGCAGAAAAUCGUCGACGUAAAUAUGGUGCUACUGGUGAAAUAGCACAACAACAAAGAAGUUUAAAAAUUCAAGAAUAUGAAUCAGCAAUGAAUCGUUUACAAUUAAUCACUGGAAAAUCUGAUGUUGAACAAAUGACUAGAUAUUAUAAACGUAAUGAAGAUGAUAACUUUACAAUGUUUAAAUAUGUGACUGAAUUAAAUAAUCAGAUUGAAUGCUUAAAUGAUAAUAUCAUAAAUAUAGAGAAAACAAUUCAUGAAUACGAUGAAGAACAAAAAGUAAUUGAAAGACAAAGAGUUAAUAAAAUGACUGAAUUACAGGCACAAAUCAAGUCUGAUAAAGAAGCAGCUAAUACAGCUGAAAAUCGUACAAUACAUAUACAUAAAUUAUUAGAUCAAAUUAAAACAGAAAUAAAACAGUUAACCAUAAAACUUGGUUGUGAUUUAUCUAGAAUAACCGAAAUGCUUGGCGGUGAUGGUGAUCAAAUAACUGAAAGAAAUUUAAUGCUUUAUCUUAACGUAUUAGAACAAAGAGUAGAUGAAUUAUUAUCAGUUAAAUGUUAUUCACAAACUAAAGGACAUAGUGAUGAGAUGAUUCAAGAAAAUCCGAAGAUAACUUUGGCAACAAAUUUCAUGGAAACCGUAAGAACAAACAGAGAUACAUCACUUGUGUUACCAUCUUUACAAGAUGAAGAUGAUACAAAUGAUGAUGAAAAUACACCAACAUCAAUUCGUCCAUUAUCACAAGCUGAAAUAAUUGGUCGAGUUACACGUCAAUUACAAAAAUUGGAAGCGAAACACCAUCCAUCUAUGAAUACAAAUAAAACUUACAGUCGUGUGUCAUCACCUAAUAGGCGACUAAAAAUUCGUAUGUAA